CUUCUUUUUUUCUUUUCAGAUUUGAGAUGUGAUAGAUUGGUCUAAAAUGGCUGGGUUUUUAUCUCAAUAAGUUACCGGAGCCAUCCCAGAAAGUGGCCACCAGGCUUCUGGAAGGCUCAUAGCCCGGGGUGCUGCUGGCAGAGGGGAAACCCCAAUGGACUGCUCUUGAAAAUCUCCACGUGAACGAGGAGCACAGUGAAAACUCAGGAAACCCAACUCACAGGGCCGUUUCCCAGUGAUGAUCCUGCAGAAGUUGGUGAGAAGGGGUCGUUUCAAGGGAAGUCUCUACUCAGGAUCAUUUGGUGUAGUGCCUGAGACUAAAUCGACUGAGGAGAUCAAAAUGAUUCUCAACUCUUCUACCGAAGAUGGUAUUAAAAGAAUCCAAGAUGACUGCCCCAAAGCUGGAAGGCACAAUUACAUAUUUGUCAUGAUCCCCACGUUAUACAGUAUCAUCUUUGUGGUGGGAAUAUUUGGAAACAGCCUGGUGGUGAUUGUCAUUUACUUUUACAUGAAACUGAAGACGGUAGCAAGUGUUUUUCUUCUGAAUUUAGCACUGGCUGAUAUAUGCUUUCUGCUGACUCUGCCACUGUGGGCUGUGUACACUGCUAUGGAAUACCGCUGGCCCUUUGGCAAUUACCUAUGUAAAAUAGCUUCUGCUAGCGUCAGCUUCAACCUGUAUGCCAGUGUGUUUCUCCUCACCUGUCUUAGCAUCGAUCGCUACCUGGCUAUCGUUCACCCAAUGAAGUCUCGCCUUCGACGCACAAUGCUUGUUGCCAAAGUUACCUGCGUCAUAAUUUGGCUGCUGGCUGGCUUGGCCAGUUUGCCAGUUGUCAUUCACAGAAAUGUAUUUUUCAUUGAGAACACCAACAUCACGGUUUGUGCUUUCCAUUACGAGUCCCAAAAUUCCACCCUCCCCAUAGGCCUGGGCCUGACCAAAAAUAUACUGGGUUUCAUGUUUCCUUUUCUGAUCAUCCUUACGAGUUAUACUCUGAUUUGGAAGGCCCUAAAGAAGGCUUAUGAAAUUCAGAAGAACAAGCCAAGAAAUGAUGAUAUUUUUAAGAUAAUUAUGGCGAUCGUUCUGUUCUUUUUCUUUUCUUGGGUUCCCCACCAAAUAUUCACCUUUUUGGACGUAUUGAUCCAGCUGGGCAUUAUACACGACUGUAAAAUUUCAGAUAUUGUGGACACUGCCAUGCCCAUUACCAUUUGCAUAGCUUAUUUUAACAAUUGCCUUAACCCUCUUUUUUAUGGCUUUCUGGGGAAAAAAUUUAAAAAAUAUUUUCUCCAGCUUCUGAAAUACAUUCCCCCAAAGGCCAAAUCUCACUCAAACCUAUCAACAAAAAUGAGCACACUUUCCUACCGCCCUUCAGAUAAUGUAAGCUCAUCUGCCAAGAAGCCAACGCAGUGUUUUGAGGUGGAGUGAUAUGUUCAAAGCCUGUCUGUAAAGUGAUCUUGUGAAAGAAGGAGCCCGAAAAUCAUUCCUCUACAGUGCUUCACUACCAAAGCAGCAUUAGCUACGUGGAGUGGACUGCAGCUGCUUACCUAAAGCUCUGAACAAAAGCUUUGCUUUCCCUUUACAACAACAAACAAGAAGUCACAUUUUGCAUUAAAUAGGCAAUGGCCGCUCAAGAAUGUCAGAAACUGAAUGCUCGUGUUGACUGGAAAAUUUUACUGGCAGAAAUGGAAUCUCCCCAUUCUUUUCUCGUUCCAUUAUUUUUGACCUCCACAUAAAGGUGUUUAGAAUUUGUUAAACCGUCAGACAAGCAAACAGGAGAUCAGAGCUCAGGAUUAUUCUGCCCAGUUUCCAAUGGGAAUAAAACUUUUGUGUCUGCUUAGCUUUUAUCAACUGUGACCGACUUGUACCUGCUUCUACACAAUUUGUACAAAGACUCACUAAGCAAGAGUUACUAUAUUUCAGAACUUUCUGUGAAAUCCAGCCAGUGUCUUAAAGACUCACACUGCCAAAACAUUGCCAGCAAAGUGGCUUAUUUGUAUAAUGGUGUUACUGACAUCACACAUAAAAGUUAAACUACUUGUAAAGUUGUUACUCUGUCCCAGGUCUGUCUUCCUAGUCAUAUUAAUUUUAUUUCAUAGCUGAG